AUGCGGAAGGACCUCCUUACUAUUGUGCAGUUGGGGUUCGCUUUCUUUACUGUGUUUUCCGCUUUCAAUUCCCAGGGUUUUAUUGAAAUUUCGGUGUUGAGAAGCCUCUCUCAGCAUGAUCCAUCGUCUGGAAUCACCUCGAAUAGCGGUUAUUACAGUCUGGCUAUUAUUUACCUGGUCUUCACUGUUUGCAACCUCUUCGCACCCCCGAUAAUUCAUGUCCUCGGGGCCAAGUGGGCACAGGUUCUCGGAGCAGCUUGUUACACGUCCUUCAUGAUUCAGUGCUUAUUUUUGAACGCAUGGAGACUUUAUUUUUUCUCUGCAGUAUUGGGAUUUGGUGCUGCAGUAAUUUGGACGGCAAAUGGCGCUUAUCUGGUACAAUUCUCCCGAAUUGGAAAAAUGGGCCGAAACAGUGGAGUCCUGUGGGCAAUGUUACAGACAUCUCUAGUCGCUGGAGCGAUCUUUCUGUUUUUCGUCCUUAGCUAUGGCGACCUUUUCUCGUCGUAUCGAUUCCUCUACAGCGCUUUCGCAGUCGUUUCAAGUAUCGGAAUCGUCACACUUUGUCUUCUACCAUCUAGCCCACCUGUUAAUUUAGACGAAAGCCUCCAAGAUCCACUUUUUGAUGAAAAUGCGGAUGAGCUGGAUGUUUCAGCUCCGGUCGACAUAACUUCAACGAGGGAUUGGCGCGAGGAAUUCAGAGUGUAUACAGCAUGCCUUUCUGCAGCGACCGCACUGAAUGGAGGCUCCGAGAAAAUUAUCGCAUAUGUUGUGUUUGCGAUGGGCGCUGGACAGAUCAGU